CAUUCAAAACAUUUACUGGAAGGUUCCAGAAGCUUGUGCAAGUUCUAUUAGUGUUCUCUAACUUCAGUAACACGAUACUUACUGUAAUUUAACACCACAUACCAAAAGGCUUUACCUCAGCUUCCAUAUAAGUCUAAAGCAGUUCAGUCAAUUACAAUUUAGGACGAAUCUCAUACACUAAGAACAUGGGUGCUAUUGAUAUUACAACUAUCAAGGAUGGCGGAGUCCUAAAAGAGAUAAUUAAGGAAGGUGUUGGUACUGAAACUGCUACUCCAGGAUGUAAGGCUAUUGUGCAUUAUACGGGCACUUUGCUUGAUGGUACAAAAUUUGAUUCGAGCAAGGACCGGGGGCAACCUUUUGAGUUUGAUUUGGGAAAAGGCCAAGUUAUCAAAGCUUGGGACUUAGGCGUAGCCACAAUGAAGAAGGGAGAAAUCUGUGUAUUAACAUGUCAACCGGAUUAUGCUUACGGUGCCAAUGGCAGUCCUCCGACAAUUCCACCAAAUGCUACUUUGAAAUUUGAGGUCGAGAUGAUUGAUUGGAAAGGUGAAGACUUAUCCAGUGAAAAGGAUGAAAGUAUUGUACGAUUAAUUUUAACACCAGGAACUGGUUAUGACACACCCAACGAUGGUGCUUUAGUUGACGUGAAACUGGUGGGUAAACACGAGGGUCGUACAUUUUUGGAGAAACAAUUGACCUUCAAUUUGGGAGAAGGCUCUGACCAAGGAGUUGUUGCGGGUGUUGAAAAGGCUUUAGAAAAAUUCAAAAAAGGUGAAACUUCCAAAAUCAUAUUAAAAGCUAAACAAGCUUAUGGUGUUAAAGGAGAUGAAUCUUUGAACAUUCCCGGAGGUGCUGUUGUGGAAUUCUUUGUCACGCUAAAUAAAUUUGAGAAGGUUAAAGAAAGUUGGUCAAUGGACUCUGAUGAAAAAAUAGAACAGGCUAAAAUGUGCAAAGAUAAAGGAACCGAAUACUUCAAAAACAACAAAUUAGAUCUUGCAAUUAAAAAGUAUAAAAAAGCAGUCGACUAUAUCAAGGAUAUAUCAGAUACUGAGGGCGAAGUAGAAGAAAACAGAAAAACACUAUUACUUUCAAGCCAUUUAAAUGCAGCCUUAUGUUACAACAAACUAGAAGACUACUUUUCAGCACGAGAACAAUGCGAUUCAGCCCUAAAAAUUGAACCUAACAAUGAAAAGGCUCUCUUUAGACGAGGUCAAGCCAGACUUUCCAUUGGUGAGCCCGAAAAAGCCUUAGAAGACUUCAAUGCCGUACUGAAAGUACAACCGGAUAACAAAGCUGCCAGCAACCAAAUCGUUCAAUGCCAAAAAAUGAUGAAGGAGCAACUCGCCAAGGAGAAAAAGAUUUAUGCAAACAUGUUUGACAAAUUUGCUAGACGCGACACCGAGAAAGAGGAGGAAGCGAAGCGUAAGCAGCCUGAUGUUAUGAAGACUUUAGGGGAAUGGGGCGAUGAUGAAAGGGAACGAGCACCUACCAAAUUUGAAAAAGAAAAUCCAAAUAUACUAAUGCUUAAUCGGACUGGAGAAUUUAAAAAUAUGUAGAUUUAUUCAAUGUA